ACACUCGAUUAAAGUUAUAUUACAAAGUAAUCUUGCAUUGCAUGGGUUCAUGUGACUUUACCCUCACUCUUUCUUUCCUAUCUUUCUUAUUCUACAUGGAAAAAAGAAGAAAAGAGAAAGACAUGUGUCCUUAAACAACCAAAUGUCAGCAGCUGAAUAAUAAAAUCUUGUUUUGGGUUGUUACAAAAAGAAUAAAGAACAGUUACAUUCUUUUUCCUAAGAGAGACACUUUUUAGUGGGUUGGUUGUUGUUGUUGGUGGUGCUGGUGGUGGAGCAGCACUUUCUGAGGGAAUAAUCUAAGACUGAGAAUUUGGAAGAGAUGGGUGUUGUUACUGUUGCUGAAUUGAAGCCAAGCAUUUCAGGGAAAAGAUCAUUUCGUCCAAGUUCAAGUAUAAGGCAUGCCACUGAAUGUUCCACUUCAAUCAUUCUACCAUCUUGCAGGCCGAUUUCUGACGUUUCUAGUGAUCUCACGGUUGAAAUUGGAGCAUCUAGCUUUGCACUUCACAAGUUUCCACUAGUUUCUCGGAGCGGAAGAAUCCGGAAAUUGUUGUUGGAAGCAAAAGAUUCAAAAGUUUCACGCAUAAAUAUAGCUGCAGUUCCAGGUGGAGCAGAAGCCUUUGAGUUAGCAGCAAAGUUCUGCUAUGGUGUAAAUGUGGAAAUUACAGUAUCAAAUGUUGCUAUGCUAUUAUGCGCAGCACAUUUCCUAGAAAUGACAGAAGAUUUUGCAGAAAAAAAUCUGGAAGCCAGAGCUGAAUCUUAUCUAAAGGAGAUGGUUCUACCAAACAUAUCAAGUUCAAUAUCUGUCCUUCAUCGCUGCGAAGCACUCUUGCCUAUUUCAGAAGAGAUAAACCUGAUAAGUAGACUUAUAAAUGCAAUUGCAAGCAAUGCAUGCAAAGAGCAGCUCACUUCUGGCUUACUAAAGCUUGACCAUAACUUCCCAGCAAAACAAGCAAAUAUAGAACCAGAAACACCAUCAGAUUGGUGGGGCAAAUCACUUACAGUGCUAAAUCUUGAUUUCUUCCAACGAGUUUUAUCUGCAGUGAAAUCUAAGGGUCUAAAACAGGAUAUGAUCAGCAAAAUUUUGAUAAAUUAUGCUCAUAAUUCUCUUCAAGGCCUAGUUGUAAGAGAUCCUCAUUUGGUUAAAGGAAGUCUUUUAGAUUUGGAGUUGCAGAAGAAACAAAGGGUCAUUGUUGAAGCAAUUGUUAGCUUACUACCGACCCAAUCAAGAAAAAGUACUGUUCCAAUGGCUUUUCUUUCGAGUUUGUUGAAAACAGCAAUAGCAGCAUCAGCAACUACUUCUUGUAGAUCUGAUUUAGAAAGAAGGAUCGGUCUUCAACUAGAUCAAGCAAUUCUUGAAGACAUUCUAAUUCCUGCAAAUUCACAUGGAAAUACCCAUAGCACUAUGUAUGAUACAGAUUCAAUAUUGAGAAUAUUUUCCAUGUUUCUCAACUUGGAUGAGGAUGAUGAAGAGGACAAUCACUUGCGCGAUGAGAGUGAGAUGGUUUAUGAUUUUGACAGUCCUGGAUCUCCUAAGCAAAGCUCAAUCCUUAAGGUAUCAAAAUUACUAGACACCUAUCUUGCAGAAGUUGCACUAGACUCAAACUUGAUGCCAUCAAAGUUCAUAGCACUAGCAGAACUACUUCCAGACCACGCUCGUAUAGUCAGUGAUGGAUUGUACAGAGCUGCGGACAUCUUCCUAAAGGUUCAUCCAAACAUUAAAGACUCUGAGAGGUACAGACUAUGCAAGACUAUAGACUGUCAAAAAUUAUCACAGGAAGCCUGCAGCCAUGCUGCACAAAAUGAAAGGCUGCCGGUGCAGAUGGCAGUACAAGUGCUGUACUUUGAGCAGAUAAGGCUACGAAAUGCCAUGAAUGGAGGGCACAAUCAAUUCUUUUUUGGGGCAAUAAAUGGUCAGUUCCCUCAAAGAUCAAGCAGCGGAGCAGGAAGUGGGGCUAUCUCCCCUAGAGAUAACUAUGCAUCUGUUAGAAGAGAGAACAGAGAAUUGAAGCUUGAAGUUGCGAGAAUGAGAAUGAGACUUACUGAUCUUGAAAAAGACCAUGUGUCUAUGAAACAAGAACUUGUAAAGUCUCAUCCGGCAAAUAAGAUAUUCAAAUCAUUCACAAAAAAAUUAAGCAAGCUCAAUUCUUUAUUCAGAAUUAAUGGUCUCAAGCCUAUAGGAGGAAAAGCUAAUUCAGAAACAAGAUUCUUCUUUCAGAAAAGAAGGCGUCACUCAGUUUCCUGACUGUAAAUCAAUUAUUGUGUGUACAACGAUAGUAACUUUAUUUUUAAAAAAGAGUGUAUAGUAUAGCAAGUGUAGUGUGAUUUAAGUCUUCUAAUUGUAUGUCUAAUGUCAGCUUGGUGGGCUUUUGGAAUUUGGAGUGUUAGAAUUUGAGUUGCCAUGUUUAGUGAGAUUGCUCCUUUGACAUAAUUUUUUGUUUUUCAUUCAUGGAACUAUUGAAGGCUGGCACUCGAUCAGACUUUGUAUUCUAAAAAGGCAUUUAUGAAGAUUUUUUUUAGAAUAUUAUA